AUGUAUACGGAACCGCACACUUCUGUGCGGUUGAACUCCGCAGCCAUCGCCUGGGCGUACAACUCGCGCGAACGGGAAAAACACGGUUUGGCAGAGCUCAUGGGCUCAGGCAAUGAGCGGCAGGAUUGGAUAGAGGUGCCGAAAGUGUGGCAGAUGAGAUUUUCCAGUUUGCUUGAGAGCGAUGAUGAGUACCGGUCUAUCGCGGCCAUCGACGGGAUUCUGAUAGAACUCUCCCGGAGUCAAAACCUAGAUGUUUUUUACUUCGAAACACUUCCUUUCAUCGCCAAGGGGGAGACGUUUACGGCGGACUUGGAUGCGCUGUGGUGGAUCUUCGUGGCAGCGAAAACAGACCCGCACUGUGGUGAUGUCGGGUGUGUCCUUGACUGCUUGGAUGAAUGCGAGGAAUCGACUCGCAAGGGACUCAUCGAGUUGAUGGUCCGCCUCCAAACAUCAAUCCGCGUGGUGACGCCGAGGGGUAUCUCGUGA